CAUGGUGCUCAUGGGUAAUAUAGUUCAUCUGUAGUUCUGUUCCGGUCAAGAAAAAAAGGCGCAUUAAGAACAUCAGUUCUGUGUGAAAUAUGGCGCCAAAGAAGAGUUCUCUAGCAGCUGCAUCCUAUAAGCAAAGUAAAGCUUCAUCUGAUGUUGAGGAUGGUGAUGGAGGUCGUAAAAGAAAGACAGUAGCAUCAGGAAGGAAGUCUGAGGCCCAGCAAAGCUCGAGUUCAGCCCCAAAGAAAGCUGCAUACACUCACUGGCUGAUGAAGUCUGAACCUGAGAGCAGGAUGGAGAGAGGAGUGGAUGUGAAGUUUGGAAUUGAGGACCUGAAAGCUCUCCCCAAUCGAACAGACUGCUGGGAUGGAGUGAGGAAUUAUCAGGCUCGUAACUUCAUGAGGGAUAUGAAAGUGGGUCAGCAGGCUUUCUUUUACCACAGCAACUGUAAAGUGCCCGGAAUAGUAGGCAUUAUAAAGAUUGUAAAGGAAGCAUAUGUUGACCAUACACAGUUCGACAAGAAAGACGCGCACUAUGAUCCGUCCAGCAAACCUGAGAACCCUAAGUGGAGUAUGGUGGAUGUCCAGUUUGAGAGGAUGACCAAGCGCUUCAUUCCACUGACUGAGCUGAAGAAAUAUCACCUGAAGCACAAGGGCAGUGGAGGAGCACUCAGUAACAUGGCCCUGUUCACCAGAGCUCGGCUUUCAGUGCAGCCCUUAACCGCAGAGGAAUUUGACUUUAUCUUGAGUUUGGAAGACAGAGUCCCCCUAUAAGGACACAAACUAUUGUAGGUUCUAUCCUGGGUCUUUGCUGUUGACCUUUUCUAUACAUAAUAACCCAUGUCCUGAACUAAUAUCACAAAUGAUCAUGAAGUCCGUAUUCACCUGUAACCACUAAGAUUAUAAAUCAAAAUGAACAAAGUGUUACUCUGUGUAGGGAAAAUCUGGUUAACCAUUGUGUCAUUUGUUGCAAAUAAACCAAUUUUGAAUA